GUAUACCUUAUUAUAAAUCAUUGAUCUUGAGCUUACGUGUUGAUUCAUAUAUUAACAAAUGGUUUAAAUUUAAAAGAUUAUUUCUUUUAUACACUGACACACCCCGAGAACAUACGUUUUCUGCUGGAUACGAAUUAAAAGCACAGUAUUGGAUUUGUUAAAAAAACGCCGGUUCAAGGAUAUGGAAAAAUCAAGAUGAGGGCCCUUGGUGACACAUAAGUGACAAUCUUUAUUUGGAAAAUACAAAACGGGAAAUUGCCUAAUAAGAAUAGAAUACAAAUAGGGUUGUAAAAGAUUCCUCUCCCACCAGACGACAUUAAGGAACAGUUUAUAGCAAUUCCCAACGCAGCAACACACAUAUAAAAACAAGGAAAAACAAACACAAAAGUGUGUAGUACACAUCAAAGUGCAAGAGGGAACACUGAACAAUGGAUCAGAUACCAGUAGAACGCACCGACAGUGGUGGAAGCAAGGGUGCCUACGUCUCAAGCAUAUACGUGAAACAGCCAACUAGCUCAAAUGGCCCUUUUGGAAAAGACACCGGAUCAAGUAUAUACGUGAACCAAGAACAAGUUGACAAACAAUUACCACCACCUCAACCUGAAUUUGAUGACGAUGAAUUCGAUAGUGUUGACAACAAUAAUGACACAGAUUUAUGGCCAAUGCCUCCAAAUGUUGUCGAUGAAAUAACUCUUUCAAACGGAACUAUGUCAGGACAAGAUAUAGAAAGCAAUGACGAUAUUGAUACACGAUUACAGUAUACAGUCAAUGACAAGGGUCCAUACAGAUCAGAGCCUUACACCGUUGGUAUUUAUGACAUCCCUAAAAAGUCCAAAGGGAAGAACGGACGAACUUGCUGCAUCAUGUGUGUAGUUUUAGCUGUGAUGUUUGUAUUACUCAUAGGAAUUGCAAUCUUAGUUUGGCGGCUUGUAGUAGAUGAUGGAAGUGGUGUUUCUUCAACAGAUCAGUUAGUUGGCUCUAAUGUUGAUGGCUAUGGUCCAUGGUCUCCAUAUACCUCAUGUUCUGUCACAUGUGGCGAGGGAAUGAGACAAAGAACACGCGACUGUCUACUAUCAGCUAAUAACUGCACAGGAAAUUUUGAAGAUCAAACCUCGUGUACCAAUCCAGCCUGUCCGGUUGAUGGCAACUGGGGAAGCUGGGGCAACUGGCGAGCAUGUUCUACCUCCUGUGGUAUCGGAUCACGUGAUAGGUCAAGACCUUGUGACAAUCCCUCUCCCGCCAAUGGUGGACAACCUUGCUUCAAUGCAUCAUCUAGUAUACAAUACGCUGAUUGUAACCAACAAGCUUGUUCUAUAAACGACUGUGAAAGGGGAGAAUGGAGUUCAUGGAAAAGCGGGUUCUGUUCGAUAACAUGUGGAGGGGGAGUUCGCGAGGAGAGGAGACAAAGGUCCUACAUUGUCCAAGGGGGCCCAUGUAUAGGGAAUGAAACUGAAUCAAGAACAGCGAUAUGUAACACACAAAUAUGCACGAAUAUUGAGCUCGGAGACUCUUGUAGCGGAGGAGGACUCUGCAAGGAUGGUAAUGCUGAAUGUAAUAAUGACACAUGUGCGUGUAAGGAUAUGCAUUACAAUAACGGAACUGUAUGUGUCAUAAAAUUAGAUCUGGAGUCAGCUUGUACAAGUGAAGGUCAAUGUGCUGACCAAAAUUCUCAAUGUGCAGAUACGGGUAAUGGAACAAUAUGCGCCUGCAAGUUAACACAUUUUAAAAAUACAACUGGAACAUGCACUGAAAAAUUCGCUCUUGACCAGAUUUGCUCUGAUUCCAAUGAGUGUGCGACAGAUAAUGCUGAAUGUAGUAAUGUCACAUCUCCCAGUACAUGCCUUUGUUUACGAGAGACACAUUUCCCAAAAGAAGGAGCAUGUGAAGAAAAGGUCGGUCUGAACAUGCCAUGCACAGGAGAAGAUGGAGAAUGUUCUGAUCGCAAUGCAGAGUGUAGCAGUAUUGGGAAUAGUCAAAUAUGUUACUGCAAAGACACACAUUAUGUGAGAGAUGGAACUUGUGUCGAAAGAACGGUUCUUAACAAGGCAUGCAACGUAACUUCUGAAUGCAUGAUUGACAAUUCGAAGUGCACAGAUGUAGGGAACGGAAAAUUAUGUACUUGUGUAGAUUCUCAUUAUGAAAAUGGAG